GAUCUUUAAAGGCUCUUCAGCCACCUUAAUAAUUUCACUUCUUAAUAUAGAAAAAGUUAGAUUACAGUCAUUACCGUAUUUAAUACUAUACCGAUGCGACACACAAAAAGGGCCAGAACUGAGGCGGUGACACCUAAACCAAUAGGACGUUUUUUAGUAUCGGAUGCCGCUAUUGUGAAGAAAAAUGCAAAGUGGGAAAGCAUCGUUGGAGCUGCUUACCAUACUGACGACUCUGAAAUUGGUAAUGGAACUCCUGGAAAUCCCUAUCGUCUGCCGCUACGAAAAAAUCAGAACCGAAAUGGUUGUUAUCAUUGUCUAGGCAGCUACUGUAAGUGCUUGUAUUUUGAAAGCUUACUCUCCCAGGUGUACGAACAGUUACCUAUGAAAAGGGUAACCGAAGUUGCAGGUUCUCGGCAUCUAUGUGCUAAGUCGUUGCUCCCAACGUUCAUUGCUCGAGCUAUUCGACUCAUGAAAAUAACCUCUUCGGAUAUAUUUUAUGACUUGGGAUGUGGAAAUGGGUCUGUAUUAUUUCAAGUUGCCUGUCAAACCGGAGCGAAAUGUAUUGGAAUUGAAAUAAGUCAACAUAAUGCAAAAAUUGCUCAAGAAGCAUGGCCAAUUUUUCGCUCUCUUUAUGAAACCCAUAAUGGGAAAACAAUGGGGUCGGUUGAGAUCAUCGUUGGGGAUAUAGCAGAAAUUUUGUCAAACCCCGGUUUCUUGAAAUGUAACAACGGUAACGUUGCUAUUCUUCUGUCCAAUCUUCUUUUUCCUAAACCUCUUACACACUACACCUCCGAGCGACUAAGAGAUGCAUUGCCGGGGACCAGAGUCCUGUGUUUUGAUGACUUGUACCCUCAUGGAAGGUCUGUAGCGUCUAUUCGUGAUCCAGGCGCCUUCGCGUUGUUCGAAAUGAAAGACUAUAAAUGGCAAGAGAUGAGUGUAGAGUGGUGUGCAUCCGAAGGAGACUUCUACAUACACUGGCACCGAUGAUUAGUUUUUGUACCUGAUAGAAAAUGACAUCUAUUUAAAACUGUAUACACCUUUUGUACCAUUCGCUUUAUUCUUUUUGAAAGCUAAUUGUGCAACUUGUAAA